UUUCGGCUUCACAACUUUGCAGAUUGUUUACAUUCACAGACAGCUACAUUACACAUUGCAUAAAAGGUAAUAUUCGAAAAAGCAUAAUAUGGCACUUUAAGACCAAAUCAAACAAACUGGAGCUAUUUAUAAUCUUGUCAAUUUUCUCUUUCUCUGAUCUUGCUUCUAUUUACAACAAGAAAGAACAUUUAUUCCAAAAAUAGCCAAAUGCAGAGUUUUAGAUUAAAGCUGUAACUGAUGCAAAUAAGAGAGAAGAUUGUGACAUCAAAUGUUCUAUCAAGUCACAGUCAUAAAUACACAGGAUGUAUUGCCUCAAAAAAAAAAACCAUAAACAAGUCUAAAAUUAUUGUCAUUUUUUUCUACCAUAAGAUUCCAGUCUAAGACUCUAAGUGUUGUUCCUAACUGGUUUUGCUUUAGGUUCCAGAUUUUACAGACAUCAAGUGACAACAGCUGUCCUUUAAGAUUAAAAACUGAAAUGUAUUUAUAUUAGGCUACCAUGAACUGCAUGAACUCAACAAUAUGGAAAAUUAAAAUGAGAGGGAAUGACAAGAGAAAGGUCAAAGAGAAAAGGAACAGCGUUAUCUGGAAUCUGAAUUGAAUGUAGGCUAAGUCAUAUUAUCCAUUACCUUGGUUUUCAUAAUUUCCAAGGCAACAUGUCCAUGUUGGCAUCUGCCUAACUGGCUGCUUCUGUCUUAACAAAUGAUUCUGCUCAAAAAUACCGUUGAGUUUGAUUGGAUUCUUGAUGAUAUUUUCAUCCGGUUCUGAACUGUUCACGCGCAAUUGAGACCAAAAUUGACACAUAGGAAAUGACUCUUCAGGGCUAGCCAUUGGAAAAGCGACACUGACAUCUAACGGUAGAGAAGCGAAUUACACACUGCCCUCACUGUCGUGAAAUUACGCAUGUCUGUAUUUUGCCCACAGUUGAAAGGUCGAUUCGAAGAUGGCAGAGUCAUUGAUUUGUAACAACACACAAAGCAGGGUGAGUUCUGUGCUAAACAGAGAUGUCAAACAGUUCGGAAAGAAGUUCAUGUUUGAUUCCAAUGAGGAGACGUGCUGGAAUUCUGACCAGGGUGAAUCCCAGUGGGUUGUCUUGGAGUUUCCACAGUCUGUGAAAGUAUCAGAGCUCAGACUACAGUUCCAAGGAGGGUUUUCAGGAAAGUCUUGUAAAUUAGAAGGUUCUGCCAAAGAAGAGGAUCUCAAAUAUAUUUUAGACUUCUAUCCAGAGGACAACAACUGUCUACAAAGUUUUCCCAUUCAAGAUGCCCCUUUGGUGCAGAGGCUGAAAAUAGUGUUUGAAAACAGUGCUGACUUUUUUGGAAGAAUAAUUGUUUACACAUUGGACAUCCUGGGGGAAAAGGUUUUGUAAUGUUUUGAGAAAAGGACAGAGAGGAAGUAUGAAGAGGCGGGAAUGCCAACCAGCUUUUCCCCCAAGUUUUCACCUCUAGAUGUGGAGUUUAUUCCUACCUACUCACAGGGAACGCAUCAACUGAUGCUACUUUUGAUCACAUCUAAUUUCUACAGAGGUUCUACAGAUUAUAUUAACGUGCCUUUUCAGGUCAACACACAUGAACUGCAUAUAUGUAAAAGUGUUUUUUAAUAAUAAAAAAAGUAGAAAAACA